AUGGAAUCUCCACCCCUCCAUGCAAACGAUCCAUAUGGAGAGGAUUCACCGACAACGACAUUGGGAGAGCAGGAUAUCAUAUAUGUUGAUUUCGACCAAGGCGACCCACGACACCCGACGUCAUUCUCACUCACGAAGAAGUGGACGAUUACGCUGACCGCAUGCAUCUUCACUAUCCUAGCUUGUGCGUCGUGUUCGUCCUUUGCCUUGGGCUACGCCUCCAUGAUCCGGGACCUGGGCUGCACGCAAUUCGAGGCAACGCUCGGUCUCAGCCUCUACAUCCUCGGCUUUGCCAUCGUCCCGCUCUUCACGUCCGCGUUCAGCGAGGAAUUUGGGAGGAGACCCUUGUACCUUGUAUGCGCGCUCUUUUAUACGCUCGCGCAAGUCAUGACAGCUUUGUCUACGAAUACCGCGAUGAUGAUAGUUUCGCGCCUGCUUGCUGGAACUUUCGGGUCGACGGGUGCUACGGUGGUGACCGGGACCAUAGCUGAUAUCUGGGCGCCGAAGGAUCGUGGAUUGCCCAUGUCGCUAUACUCUCUUUCAGCUGUCGCAUCGUUUGGUCUUGGCCCCUUGGUCGCCGGCUGGAUAGAAGCAAAUCCUCACUUGGAGUGGCGAUGGAUCCAGUGGUUUCAUGCUAUAUUCAGCGGAGCCUACUUCCUUCUGGUCGUGGUAUACAUGCGUGAAACGCGCAUUGCAAUCAUCACCGCUAGUAUUGCUCGAAAGAUGAGAAAAGAGACUGGAAGUGACCGAUACCAUUCACGCGCUGAGGAUAGUGAUACGGCGAAGGGCUUGAAAGCGAUGCUCUGGGUGACUUUGACGAGGCCUAUUUUCUUGUUACUGACCGAGCCAACGGUACAGGUGCUUUCUCUAUGGAUUGGCUUCACAUGGGGCGUACUGUUCUGUCUCGUCGAAUCCAUAUCCCCAGAAUUACAGGCCGUGUACCAUUUCGACAUCGGAGAGACAGGAAGUGCCUACACGCCCCUUGUGCUAGGCAGCAUCAUCGGCUUCUUCGCUUCGAGAUACCAGGAAACGUUGUACCAAAAUAAUGUAGCACGUAAGCACCAAGAGGCUCGUCUCUAUCUCGCUAUGGCGGCCGCGUUCCUCUUGCCAGUUGGCAUGUUCAUGUGGGCUUGGACGGCGAACCCGCACGUUCCGUGGAUCAUCCCACUGCUUGCCCUCACGAUCUUCAUGAUUGGAGCAUACAUUCUAUACUUCGUGGUCUUCGUCUACCUCGCCGAUUGCUACGGCAUGUACGCCUCGUCUGCCAUGGCGGGCCAGAGCCUAUUGCGAAACAUCCUCUCGACGACUUUCCCCCUCUUCACGAAGCAAAUGUUCGCGAAUCUCACGUACAGAUGGGCGAACACGAUGUUUGGUUGCAUCGCGUGUCUGAUGGUGCCUAUUCCCUUUCUCCUGUAUAUUUACGGCUCCGAUCUUCGACGGAGGAGCGCUUUUUCGAGGACGACGCUGGAGACGGAAGAGAAGCAGACUAACUUGGCGAAGGUUUGAGCUCGACAUGACGGGCAA